ACAAGUGCGGCUGCUGUUUGGACUGAACAUUAUUGUUUAGUCGCCUCUCAGAACUGUUGAGGAGGUGAAGUGUAAAGGGAGGGAAGGAGAGAAGAGGGGAAGAGGUGGGGGGGCGAACUAGCGAGCAAGCGAGCGCGUGAACUGAACUGAUGUUCCAGCUGAAUCAUUGACAUUCGCGCGCCUCGCCUCUUCCUCCUCCGGCUGGAGAAUGCCGGAGUUGGUCUCGUGCCUGCGCUCGAGCGACGCGCCUUCGUCGGUUCUGAGGUAAAACCGUCAGCCCCCCCCGCUUGUCGAGUGGCGAGAGCUUCGAGAUGCCUCGCAAAAGCUCCGCGAGGCUGGGAUUUUACCACAGAGCGUGCGCUGGGAACAAGUGGAGCCUGACUGGAAGAGACGCGAAGGCUGAAAUCUGAAGCUGGACUGAAUGGGAGCAUUCCCUCUGCUGCGGUGUCAUCAUCUUUAGAGACGAUAGACGAUAUUUUGGGACGUUGCGGGUUACUAAAUGGUUUUCUGGGGGAUUUUUAAGAGGCAAAAAUGCUGCUGCUCGUUCUGUUGGCCUUUUCCGUAUCGAGCUCAUUUUCCGACUCGGAUUCUGACCUCUCGGCUGAGACCUGCAGCGCUUGCUCUUGCAUGUCCAUCGAGAACGUCCUCUAUGUGAACUGCGAGAAAAUAACUGUGUACAGACCGACGCAGCUGCUCCCUCCAGCAUCCAGCCUCUACCAUCUGAAUUUCCAGAACAACCUUUUGUACAUUCUUUACCCCAACUCUUUUGUGAAUUUCACGCACGCAGUCUCUCUCCAGCUGGGCAACAACAAACUGCAGAACAUUGAGGGAGGGGCCUUCAUGGGACUCAGUGCGUUAAAGCAGUUGCACUUAAAUAACAAUGAAUUAACAGAGCUCCGGGCUGACACUUUCCGGGGGAUCGAGAACUUGGAAUACCUCCAGGCUGACUACAAUUUAAUCAAGUAUAUCGAGAAGGGAGCCUUCAACAAAUUGCAUAAGCUGAAGGUCCUAAUUCUAAAUGACAACCUUAUUCAGAGCCUUCCCGAGAACAUUUUUCGCUUCGCCUCCCUCACGCACUUGGAUAUACGAGGGAACAGGAUACAGAAGCUCCCGUACCUCGGAGUUUUGGAGCACAUUGGGAGGAUAGUGGAAUUGCAGUUGGACGACAACCCGUGGAAUUGCACAUGUGAUUUGUUACCUCUGAAAGCCUGGUUGGAGAAUAUGCCCUACAACAUUUUCAUUGGGGAGGCUAUAUGCGAGACUCCCAGUGAUCUGUACGGUCGACUGUUGAAGGAGACCAACAAACAAGAACUGUGCCCUAUGGGAGUUGGCAGCGACUUUGACGUGAGGAUGCCCCCCUCCCAGCCAGAGGGUGGGCACACCACGUCCAUCAUUGCGCCAUCCACGAUAGCAUCCUUAGUUACCAAAGCACCCAAAACUACAAACCCCUCCAAAAUUUAUGGCAACGGUAUUGUUGCCGGUAUUCCAGUGGGUAAAAAUGGCCAAAUUGUGUCCUAUCAAACCCGAAUCCCUCCCCUCUCCUGUCCUCAGCCCUGCACUUGCAAAGCUCACCCAUCUGACUUUGGCAUUAGUGUCAGUUGUCAGGAAAGGAAUAUCCAGAGUCUAGCUGAUCUUAUACCUAAGCCGCCAAACGCCAAGAAAUUGCACCUCAGUGGUAAUUACAUUAGAAAUAUCAGCCCCACUGACUUCCAAGGGUUUGAGGGAUUAGAUCUGUUACACCUGGGCAGUAAUCAAAUAUCCACCAUCCAAAAAGGUGUGUUUGGAAAUCUGACCAACCUCCGUAGGUUAUACCUCAAUGGCAAUCAACUUGAACAGCUUCACCCUGAAAUGUUCCUCGGGCUCAGUAACCUCCAGUACUUGUAUUUGGAAUACAACGCCAUAAAGGAGGUGUUAGCUGGGACGUUUGACUCCAUGCCAAAUUUGCAGCUCUUGUAUCUAAACAACAACGUGCUCAGAAGCCUGCCUGCUUAUAUUUUCGCUGGCGUCCCCCUCGCUAGACUGAAUCUGAAGAACAAUCACUUCAUGACUUUGCCCGUGAGCGGUGUGCUGGACCAGCUUAGAUCGCUCACUCAAAUAGAUCUGGAGGGCAAUCCCUGGGAAUGCUCAUGUGAUUUAGUUGCUUUGAAACUGUGGUUGGAGAAACUAAAUGAGGGAGUCGUCGCCAAGGAGGUCAAAUGUGCAUCCCCAGUGCAGUUUGCAAACAUCGAGCUACGAGAACUGAAAAACGAGAUUCUGUGCCCCAAGCUCAUUGCUAGGCCUCCUUUUAUCUUGACUAGCGCCACCCCCGUGGUCACGUCCAUGUCACCUGCUGGUGUUGGCAAGGCGCCUCCUGGUGGGCCGGUGCCCCUGUCGAUCAUGAUCCUGAGUAUACUGGUGGUCUUGAUCCUUACUGUCUUUGUUGCUUUUUGCCUGCUGGUCUUUGUGCUGAGACGGAACAAAAAGCCUGCUGGGAGGCAGGAAGGCCUGGGCAGCCAGGAGUGCGGCUCCAUGCAGCUCCAGCUCAGGAGGCACAAUCACAAAUCCAAUAAGAAGGACGACCUCGGAGGAGAGACCUUUAUCCCCCAGACCAUCGAGCACAUGAGCAAAGCCCAUACGUGUGGCCUCAGAGACGCUGAGUCCGGCUUCAAGUUCGCCGACUCCCAGAGACAGAAAAUGGUCUUGCGCACCAGCACAGAUAAAGACAAGGACUCUCUAAGUCUGGAUGCCAGGAAAAGACUGAGUACCAUCGACGAGCUAGAUGAGUUCUUGCCAGGAAGAGAGUCCAGCAUGUUCCUACACAACUACUUGGAGAACAAAAAGGAUUUCAACAGUAUAGGGGUGAGUGGCUUUGAGAUCCGUUACCCCGAGAAACCACAUGACAAAAAAAUGAAAAAGUCAUUAAUAGGGGGCAACCACAGUAAGAUAGUUGUUGAGCAGCGCAAAAGUGAGUAUUAUGAACUAAAAGCAAAGCUCCAAGGGACCCCUGACUACCUUCAAGUACUAGAGGAACAGACAGCCCUCAGUAAAAUGUAGGCCUCUCAUCUUCAUUUGCCCCUUAAUGACAAAAAAAAAGUGCCUUGUGGGAAAUAUUAAUGACCAAUGGAAUACUGGACAAAAGUUUAAUUACUCAAAAUAUAACUUAGAAUUGGUGGCUGUGUUACGAUUUACCUUUUUGUUUUCAAAGUGAUGAUGCCAUUACAAAGUAUAAGAGUCACAUCAGUCUAUAAGAGAGGAUUUACAGUACCUUAUAACACAUGUAGUUUGCUGCUAUUGAAAUGGGUUACAUCAGAUUAUUUUUAACUUUUGUUUUUUAACCAAAUUAUUGGGUCAUGAAACGGUGUUGAGUGUAAUCCAUAUUGACCCUUGUUCAUUGUUUUUUGGUUGGAAGUAUUUUUAGGGUGCUUUGGAUGACAAAAUGAAAUGGAGCUCGAAGAUUGGCAAGUUGGGCGCAGGCAUGAAAGUGUUGGAAUCCCCCAGAGUCCCCUCUCUUUUGGAUUUUAAUUUGACACUUUUUUGGGGCCUUGAAACUGGUGGAUUCAGUUUUAACUGAAGGCACUGACAGUUCGACGUGUUCGCAUUUUGGAUUAUUCCGUCCAUUGUUUCUGUAAAGAGCCAUUUAAAAUUGUUCUAAUGAAAUGUGAUUCUUCUUGAAGUCUUUGGGUACGGCACAUGACAGGACAUUCAUAAACCCAAGAAAACAAACAAACAAACAAACAAACAAACAAAAAAAAACUUCAUAGCUGCUUGCCAUGUAAGCGUAUCUGAUUUAUUUUGUAAGUCAACAUUAUUUGUAUUUGUGGGGCAGUUUGUAAAUUACAAAGGUCAACAAUUCUACAAUCUCAUCGAAACAUAAAUGGAUUCAAGAAAAAAAAUCGAAAAUUAAAAAGA